GGAAACGUAUUUAUAGUCGAAGUGGAAAAAGCAGUGCAUGCAUCAGUUAUUGAAGUUCCUAAAGGAGGUUUUGUCAUUAACCCUCACUAUCGAUCACGUGGAAAAGGAAAACCAUCGGCACCUGAUAUUGCUAUAUAUCCGAGUUUGAACAUUAUUCCAAAACCUCCAUCGCAAAGACGUAUACAAUUUCGUAGAACCUCUCCAAGGACUCCCGACAUCGCAAAGUCACACGAAAUGCAAACGGACAACUUGAUCGGUGCAAGCAACACCAUCGUAUAUUAUGAAGAGUGGAACUUUGGUACUCUGGAUUAUUACACUGGUGCUCCUACUGCUUGCACAGGACCAGGUCUUCUUACCCAGCAAAUUUAUAUUCCGGUACAAGAAGUAUUUUGGAAUCCACCUAUCAUUGGAGGAGCUCCUUCCACAGCUGGAUAUGUCAUCAAUGUCCCUGUUGGAGUUACUGCUCAUAACUUUGUUAUAGAUUUAUAUCGAAUCCAACAG